AUGAAGAGUAUCACCGACGCCAAGGAUGCUGGGGGCUUCAUCCGCCAGCUCCACAUCGUUACCGUGAAGGUGCCGGCUCCCAAGGCAAAAGGCAAGGCACGCCGUCGGACAUCCCAAGCCCAGGCGGCCGACGCUGAGGCUCUCGACGAGCAUCAUCUUGCCGAGAGCUCUGGCGCCACGUCACACGACGGCGCGAUUCACCUCCGCAAGUCAACUCGCAGCGUCCGGGUAAAGCCCAACUACGCCGAGGAGGACGACGGUGGCGAGGACGGCAGCUCAAGCCCCACCGAUGACGGCAGCAGUUGGGGUUCGCCUAGUACCUCUACUGGUCUUCUCGCCGCAGUUGGCACCGAGCAGGAUGCCACUCCGCCGGUGCCAGCCACGCCAAAGUCGGCCAUCUCGACACCGCUCUCGGCCCUCACCGACCUGUCUCCGGAGAGUCCGCUCCCUGCUGUCUCCGCUCCCAAGUCUCGAGCCCCAAAGACCCCAAGUGCCGCUCGCUCCAAACACGCCAGGAGCACCGGCAACAAGACCCCCGGCUCGUCCCUCAAGCGCACCUACAGCACAUCCCUCGAGCAAGAGGGUGACAAUGACGCCACCCCGCCCAACGACUCCUCCGAUUCGUCCAGCCAGCCCCUUGCCUCGAGCAGCACCAACGUCGCCACCAAGAAGUCCAAGAAGCGCGCCCGCAACUGA